AUCACUGAGCUAGAAAAAAAAAUCUGUUUUGGUGCUUCGCGGCCGCCGUAGUCGACACCUUGCCAUCAAUCAUGGCGUUCAGAAACUUUAAGACGCGUCGAAACUUCCUGAAUUGAAAUGUGCUUCACUCGGUAACACCCGGUUCGCCACUUUCCGCAUCUUUCAGAACGAAUAUACCUCCACGUGUGUGGGGAAAAUGGCACUUUUGUACCUUAACGACGAGCGUUGUGAAUGCGGACCAACGCCGACCGGUGAAAGAUGCUAACGUUAGCUAGGUUAAAAACUUCCGCCAAGUUAGCGACGUAGCUCGAUUUUUGUCGUUUUUUUGCGAUUCUGUGUCCUUAAAUGUAGCGAGACGCCGUCUUAAUCAAAAGUGGUGUCUGUUUUGAGUGUGUUCGUAUACAGUUCGGGGCGACAAUGUUGCGUUUUCUGCGUUACUGCGUCAGCCACAGCCUCGGAGUGGCCAUGACCCGACUGGAGGGAGUCAACGGGGAGGGCGGCUCGUGGUCGUCGGUCCGCUGCCUGGGCUACAUGUACGGCCUCAACCUGUUGGUGGCGCUCUGCCUGGGCCUCUACGUCCGCUGGGAGAAGACGGCCGACUCCACCCUGCUGCUCAUCUUCAUCUUGGCUUUGCUCGUCCUGGCUUUUGCCGGCGUGUUGUACUGCUACCUGGACACAGAGCGGCUCAGCCUCAGCCUUUUGCACCUCUGGUUCGGCUUCCUGUUCGGCCUGCUGAGCUUCGUCGACGGCCCCGAACUCGGCGGCGUACUCAAGGAGCAGGUGGCCAACGGCAUGCUGCUGUUCAGCUUGACCCUGAGGACGCUGUGGGCGUUGCUGGAGAGGAUGCUGGGGUACGCCAGGCACCAGCCCGCCUUCCUGACCUCGGCCGAGCGGCUUCAGCUGAUUGGUUUCGCCGCCGCCAGCACGGUGCUGGUCCUCCACAAAGCACUGAGCGUCACGGCGCUGGCCGUCGCCCUCGCCGCCGUGGUGGUGGCCCUGAGGAUGAAGGCGGUUCUGGCCCUGUCCAACCUGGCGUGCUUUGCCUACCUCGCCGUGAAAGUCGUCAUCUGCCUCAGAGUUCACGCCAACCCGUUUGCCUUGGGCUGCUUCUUCGGUCUGCUGGUGUGCGACCCGCUCCUCGACGUGUACUUUAGCGGCCUCUCCGUGACCGAGCGCUGGCGGUCCUUCCUGCACCAGCGGGGCUUGUGGCGCCGCCUCUCCUUGCUGGUCCUGCUCCUCGUAGAGGUGACAUUCCUGGUCCUGGCGGCAAAAGUGCUGGGUCACUUGGAUCCCUGGUACCUGACCGUCCCGGCGUUUGCGGCGUGCGCCGUCUUCUGGUCCGUCUGCCACUUGGUGUUCUUCAUCAGCCUCUGGGGCUUCCACGGCAAGCUGAGCAACUGCCAGAGGGUUUUCCUGAGCCAGGGUUGCGGCGCCGUCGGGCUGGAUAAGAUCAUGGCCUCCAAGGGCAUGAGGCAUUUUUGCCUCAUCUCCGAGCGCCUGCUUUGCUUCACGCUGUUGUCCACCUUUGCGGUUCUCGCUCUAUGCUGGCAUGUGUCCAGCAGCAUCUUCUUGAGCGUCUUCCUGCUGGUUGUCUCCGUUGAGUCGGUCUUCCACGGCCUCUUCCACGAGCUGGGCGGCAGCCUGGGGGGGACGUGCGUUGGCUACGGCGUGGUCAUCCCCACCAACUACUGCAGUCCCGACGGGCAGCCCGUGCUGCUGCCCCCCGACCAGGUGCAGCAGCUCAACCUCCGCUCCACGGCCAUGCUGAGCAACAUCCAGCGCUUCCUGGCCCAGCACCUCAUCGAGACGUUCGGCUGCGACUACUCCACGGGCGGCGUCACGCUGGAGGCGCUGCAGGCCAAGCUCAAGUCCUUCAUGGAGCUGCGCACGGCAGACGGGCCGCGGCACGACACCUACGUGCUCUUCUACAGCGGACACACGCACCGCAGCGGCGAGUGGGCGCUGGCAGGGGGGGACACGCUGGGUCUGGAUCAACUGUUGGACUGGUGGCGGGAAAAGAACGGCGCCUUCCGCUCCCGCCUCAUCCUGGUGCUGGACUGCGACCACUCGCUGGCCACGGUGAAGGCAGCGCGGCAGGUGAAGGGCAUCCACGUGGCCGUGCAGGGCGGGGGCGGGCAGCAGCGGGGCGACUUCCUCUCGCACUGGGUGGCGUACAACUGCGACGGGGACGGCGGCGCCCCGUGGUCGCGCGGGGCCGGCGCCGGCGCCCCGACGGCCGCCUAUGGGGUGUCCCGCCGCUGGAGCGACUACACGCCGAACCCGCCCACCGGCGGUGACCUCGCCGACCACUGGAGGGCGUACUUCCCCCGCGUGGCCCACCCGGUGGUGCGUUCGGCGCUGUGGUGCGGCGGCCUCAGCCUGCUGUGGCCGUGCGGCGCCUGUCUCAGGUGCCUCAAGAGGUUCAAACUCAACUGGUUUCCGCCCGCCGUACUGGACACGGGCCAAGGUUUCAAACUGGUGCGAUCUUAGACGGGAAGUCGGGUGACGGCCGUUUUGGUACGCCGGCAGCCAUUUUGUUACUGACUGAAAAAAAAAAAAAAAAAAAAGAUAAACUGUGCCACUUUUUCCUUAGCAAGUUUUCUAUCCAUCCUUUUUUCUGGAGAACCUCUCUCAACUGAUUUUGGGUGAGAAGUGGGGUAAACCCAGGAUCGGUCGCCAGUCAACGUUCGCAUUCACGGUGGGGUGGAAAAAGUUUUCCGCUCAAACAGAUUUCUCUCUUUUUUUUUUUUUUGUCACAAAUGUUUCCCGUCGUUGGACAAAUUUCAAUAUUGGUCAAAAACAAGUCAAUGAAAAUUGCCUUUUGGUUUUUAUUUAGAUGGAAAAAAAAACAAGCAUAACCACACCAAACCUACGUGGCUCCGUGUGAAAAUGAACACAUAACUGUGGUUUAUCAUAUUUCAUUUUCAGGCCUGAUUCUCACUUAAAAAGGACUCAAGGAGGCCAAAAGAUCCUCAAAAGUUUGACCAAAUGCAGGGAUCCAAAGACACUCGGGAAAAAAAAAAAGAGAAAGUAGAUGAUAUCAGUGUGAAAAAGGUCAUUAUUAAGCCAUUUCCAAAUAUCCAUAAAUGGGGAAAACAGUAGAGCGGUGAACCUUCCCAGGGACGACCAGCCGACCAAAAUGACCCCGGGGGUUUACUGAUGACUCAUCCAAGAGGUCACAAAAAAAAACCUCCGCAACAACCUCCAAAGAACUUAAGGCCCGAGUUCCGGGUCAGCGUUCGUGACGCCGCGAUAAGAAAGAAACGGGGCACAAAGGCCGGCGUGGCAGUUCCAAGAUGCAAAUCACUGUCGAGCGCAAAUCGUUUGAAGAAAUAGGAUCACUUUUGCCAGAAAACAUGAUGAUCUCUUGAGCUCAGCUGGUAAAGCGUUGACCUCACAGUUGGGAGGACCCGGGUUCGAUUCCCGCCCUGUGUGGAGUUUGCGCGUUCUCCCCAUGCCUGCGUGGCAUUUUGAUUUCCUCCCACAUCCCAAAAAUAUACAAAAUUAAUUGGACACUUUAAAUUGCCCCUAGGUGUGAUUAUGAGUGCCGCGCGAUUGGCUGGCUACCCGGUUCAGGGCGUACCCCGCCUCCUGCCCGUCGACAGCUGGGAUAGGCUCCGGCACUCCCCGCGACCCUAGUGAGGAUAAGCGGCAAAGGAAAAUGGAUGGGUGGCUGGAAUUAGCUCUUUGUGCACACUUUAUUGAUGUUCU